AUAUCCAACCUUCAUAAGAUACACUCGUAUAUUUUGUGGACAAAAUCCACUGAAUUCUGAGUUACAUGAAACAGAACGUCAAUGUUGCACGAUCGACACAUUUGGAUUAUCUUAUGUAACGUUACGUAGUUAAUUUGACAUUUCCGUUUCAUCUGAUAAACAAAAGAUUUAAACCCCAACAUGCAGAAAUCAUCGAUCCAUAGAAAAGUCUCUUCCUUUGGGAAAACCCCGAAAGGAAGAGUUCAGUGGGGAAGUGAAGAAUUCGAAUCGAAAAACCUCUGCUUUUUCCUCUCAUAUCACUCCAAUGGGGGCAGAGUCAAAGAAGUACAUUUCCCAGGAUAAACUCAGCACCCAAAAGCCUGGAGAUCUAUGGAUCUCAAUACAGGGCAAGAUCUACAACGUCUCCGAUUGGGCCAACCACCAUCCCGGCGGCGAGCUCCCGUUGCUCAGCCUCGCCGGCCAAGACGUCACGGACGCGUUCGUCGCUUACCACCCCGGGUCGGCGUGGCAGCACCUCGACCAGUUCUCCACCGGAUUCCAGCUCGAAAGCUAUUCUGUUUCCGAAGUUUCCAAAGAUUACAGGAAGAAGCUCGUCAACGAGUUUACGAAAAUGGGGCUUUUCGAAAACAGGGGACACGGCGUCCAUUUCUCUCUGUUUCUGGUGGCAAUGCUGUUUACUCUGAGCGUCUACAGCGUCUUGUGCUCUGAUAGCUGUUGGGUUCAUCUGGGUUCCGGUGGAUUGAUGGGUUUUCUCUGGAUUCAAAGCGGGUGGCACGGCCACGAUUCUGGUCACUACCAGAUCAUCGGCAGCAAAAGGGUCAACAGAUUCGCCCAGAUCCUCACCGGAAACUGCCUUGCCGGCAUCAGCAUUGCGUGGUGGAAGCGCAACCACAACGCCCAUCACAUUGCUGUCAACAGCCUCGAACUCGAUCCGGAUCUCCAGCACAUGCCCUUUUUCGCUGUGAAUUCAAAACUGUUCACCUCCCUCACCUCUUAUUACUACGACAGGAAGAUGAGUUUCGAUGCUUGUACCAGCUUCUUGGUUAGUUACCAGUACUGGACUUUUUACGUCAUGUGUUUUGCUAGGAUUAACCUUUUUGCUCAGUCAUUUUUACUGUUAUCUUCCAAAAGAUUGAGGGUAAAUAAUAGAAUUGAAGAAAUUUUGGGGCUUUUGGUGUUUUGGAUUUGGUAUGCUCUGCUGAUUUCUUACCUGCACAAUUGGAGGGAGAGAGUAAUGUUCGUUGUGGCAAGCUUUUCUGUCACUGGAAUCCUACAUGUUCAGUUCUGCUUGAACCAUUUCUCUUCAAGGGUAUACGUUGGUAUGCCAACGGCGAACGAUUGGUGUGAAAACCAGACGAAUGGUUCGCUCAAUAUAGUCUGCCCGUCGUGGAUGGACUGGUUCCACGGCGGAUUGCAGUUUCAGAUCGAGCACCAUAUGUUUCCGCGGUUGACUCGGGGCAACGUCAGGAAAGUGGCCCCCCUUAUCAAGGCACUCUGUGAGAAGCACAACCUGCCUUUCACAAGUGUGUCAUUCUACAAGGCCAAUGAACUCACCGUUAGGACGCUGCGCACGGCAGCGUUGCAGGCUCGCGAUCUAGCUAGACCGGUUCCGAAGAACCUAGUUUGGGAAGCUGUACACUCUGUUGGAUGAGCUGAGAUGAGAUUAAGAUGUUGUGAAUGUGAUGCUUUUUCCUGAGGUUUUUGAUGGUGUGGUUAUUUGUGCCCAAGGACAAUAAUGUUGGUGGUGUUGUUAGAGGGGUAUGGUAACUUAAUUUUGAUUGGCACUUUGAGGGUGGUGAGAGCCUUGAUUUCAGUUGGAGCAAAAUAAUCCUCAUCUUUAAGGAUUGCUUCCAAAAUUCUUGUUUAUAUAUUGGUUCGAAAAUGUUA